CCCCGCCCCGCCAUGACGGCAAGGACCUUAAGGAGGUUGUGGUUCCAUAGAAGGGUUGUUGGAGUUAUGGUUAUAAGUGCAGACGGCACUCCAAUUAAAAAAAACCUAUUGUACCCUGCAACAGUUCAAUAUGCAAAGCAUCUUCAUCACCUUAUAGAACUAGCACAGUACGCUGUGAAAGAAUUUAAUCCUCAAGAUGCCCUAAAUCUUCUUCGGAUUGCUACAGAGAAAUAUGAAAUCCUGGUAAUCCCAGCUAAGGAAUAUCUUCUUGUCGUUCUUCAGGAUCCAUAUGACUAGACCUUCUGCAGUAGUAAUCUUGCAUUCACGAAACUAUACUUUGAAAAAGGCUCAAGUUUUCAUUGUGGUCCUUACUGAAUUUACUAAUGUACUGAGCUUGUCUUUAUUAAAACUGUUUCUAGCACAGCUUCUUAGUUUUUGUUUCUGGUUGAAUUUUAGAACUGUGCUUUAGCAAGAUAUACACAGAUCAAAAUCUGAUGUGAGUUGCCAAGCUUAAUGACUAAUGUAAUAAAAAUGAAUAUGUGAAACAUG